GGGGCGGGCGGCCCGAGCGGAGCGGAGCGGAGCGGGAUGGGGGCGGCGGCGCGGCCGCAGUGAGCCCGGCGGGCAGCGCAGCGGGGCCGAUGGCGUUCAGCGCCUGGCAGAUCCUCUCGCCGGUGCAGUGGGCCCGCUGGACCUGGUCGGCGGUGCGGGGCGGGGGCAGCCCCGAGGAGGGCGACGGCGGGGCCGGUGCUGCCGAGGAGGAGGAUGAGGAGGAGGACCGGGACCCGCCGGCGGGGGGCUCGGCCCUCGGCUUCAGCUCGGACUCCACUGAUAAUUUUGAGACCCCUGAAGCAGAAACACCAACCUGCUCGCCACUCAAGGAGUUCUGCGAGCCACCGGGAUCGCCGGAGUCUGAGGCCAGGACCCAAGAGCCAGGUGGCCAUGGUGACCUGCUGGUAGGGGAAGCCCACUGGGACAGCUCGCCUGGGAAGCACCCCAAAGAUGAGGCUCAGCCAGAGAUUGGAGCCCCUAAAGCCAGCUCGGAUGCUAAAGGGGAAACUGACCCCGACAACUCGCCCCUGAUGCAGCCCUUGGCCGGGCUGGGCUGCCAGGCUGACCCUGGUCACGCUGCUGUGGAGCCAGCCCCCCUGCCCCAUGUGGGCACAGCCACCUGGGAGCGGGCCAUGCCAGGAGGGGACACUGGCACGGGGCUGGUGGAGCUGAGGGCUGACGCCCUGGGCCAGGAGCAGCUCGGGAAAGGGAAAACACCUUCACUGGGGAGGGAGACAGACGAAGCCACAGAAGAGACCCAGGCAUCCUCCCAGCUUGACCCUGAGCAGCAUGACAGGAGUGUGAACCCCUUUGUGGCAGGGGCCUGCCACUUGCAGAGCUCUGCCCCAGCAGCCCCACAGCGCCUUCCCCAUCCCGGUGAGCUGGGAGGGGACCCGGCUCUGGAGGGCCCAGGGCAGGUCCCGAAACCUGGGGCUGAUUGUGCAGAGGCUAGAGAGAGUGUGGAGGCCAAGCCAGCUUCACCCAGGAGGGGCAGCAGGAUCCCAGCCAGCAAGCUGACACCGAAGAGGCACAGAGAGUCCCCCAAGAAAGCAGCUGAGGAUGCAGAGAGGGGUCCCUCAGAGCCGCCCCCGCCCCGGGGCUCCUCCCAGCUGGGUCCCACGGGCUGGGACAGCCCCGGCCUCAGCUCUCUCAGUGGCAGCUCAGCGCUGCAGAACUCACCGGUUCUCCCCAAGGGCUCUUAUCAGUUUGACCCCAAUAACUUUGACUCCAUGGAUCCGUUCAAGCCCACCAAGACGCUUGCCAGCACCGACGCUGACUCUUGCUCCACUGCAGACAACAGCCUCAAUGAAAUCCUCGAAUCUCAGACACUGGAGAUGCAGGACGAUGCCCUGAAAGGCAGAGACUCCCCCAAGAAGCCCAAGUCACGCCUGAUAACGACUACUGAGCAAGUGAAAUUUCUCUGUUUUCUGUUGAGCGGCUGCAAGGUGAAGCAGCACGAGGCGCAGCCCCUGGUCCUGGACAUCAGCGCUCAGGAUGAAGGGGUGUUGAUCUCAGAAAUCCCAGAUAUUACAAACCGGGAUGGACGUGCCACUGAUGAGGAGAAGUUGGCCUCCACCACCUCCACGCAGAAACCAGCGGGGCUGGAGAAGAAGGCCGAGGCAGAAGAUGACCUGGAGUACUUUGAGUGCUCCAACGUCCCCGUGUCCGCAGGGAAGCACAGACCAGAGGCAGGUUUUGAAAAGGAGAUCUGCAAGCAGAUGGAAAAGGGAGGGCCUGGCAUCUUCCCUGACAAUCCCGGGCUGUGCUCCAUGGACAAGUGCCCCAGCGUGAGCAGGAGCGAGAGUCCCCUGGCUGGCAUCUGCCUCAGCGAGUCCGAGAAGGCAGCCGUGCUCACACUCAUCAGAGAGGAGAUAAUCACCAAGGAGAUCGAGGCCAACGAGUGGAAGAAGAAAUACGAGGAGAGCCGGCAGGAAGUGCUGGAGAUGAGGAAGAUCGUGGCUGAGUAUGAAAAGACCAUUGCCCAGAUGAUAGAGGAUGAGCAGAGGACAAACAUGACAUCUCAGAAGAACCUGCAGCAGCUCACAAUGGAAAAGGACCAGGCUCUGGCAGACCUGAACUCGGUGGAGAGGUCCCUGUCAGAUCUGUUCAGGAGAUACGAAAACCUGAAGGGCGUCCUGGAAGGAUUUAAGAAGAAUGAAGAAGCUCUGAAGAAAUGUGCUCAAGAUUAUCUAACCCGUGUCAAGCAGGAAGAGCAGCGCUAUCAGGCCCUGAAAGUCCACGCAGAAGAAAAAUUGGACAAAGCCAACGAGGAGAUCGCCCAGGUGCGCACCAAGGCCAAGGCGGAGAGCGCGGCGCUGCACGCGGGGCUGCGCAAGGAGCAGAUGAAGGUGGAGUCCCUGGAGAGAACCCUGCAGCAGAAGAACCAGGAGAUUGAGGAGCUGACCAAGAUCUGCGACGAGCUGAUAGCGAAACUGGGAAAGUCAGACUGAGCCUCAGCCCCCCUCGCCCGGCACUCUGCACUUGGCUGCUUUUCUCGUGACGUUGAUCACCUUGCCUUACCCCGGAGUCCCCGCAGGAAAGCUCACGUGUCCAGCUGCCCCCCGGCUGCCGGACCUGUGGCUCCUGAGCAGAGCCGCUCCCCUCGCUGUCCCUGUCUGCUUCCCACAGCUCCGGGGCUGGGAUCCCUGCGGUCAGCCUGGGAAUCCUGUGAUCAGCCUGGGAUCCCUGUGGUCAGCCUGGGAAUCCUGUGGUCAGCCUGGGAUCCCUGUGGUCAGCCUGGGAAUCCUGUGGUCAGCCUGGGAUCCCUCCCCUGUGGUCAGCCUGGGAAUCCUGUGGUCAGCCUGGGAUCCCUAUGGUCAGCCUGGGAAUCCUGUGAUCAGCCUGGGAAUCCUGUGGUCAGCCUGGGAUCCCUGUGGUCAGCCUGGGAAUCCUGUGGUCAGCCUGGGAUCCCUCCCCUGUGGUCAGCCUGGGAAUCCUGUGGUCAGCCUGGGAUCCCUAUGGUCAGCCUGGGAAUCCUGUGAUCAGCCUGGGAUCCCUGCGGUCAGCCUGGGAUCCCUGUGGUCAGCCUGGGAAUCCUGUGAUCAGCCUGGGAAUCCUGUGGUCAGCCUGGGAAUCCUGUGGUCAGCCUGGGAUCCCUGCGGUCAGCCUGGGAAUCCUGUGGCCAGCCUGGGAAUCCUGUGUGUCCCUCCCAGGGCCUGCUGCCCUGUCCCUCUGCACCAAUGCCACCUCUCGGGUGGGAGGUGACACACCUGGCUCUGUCCCCCUCGGUUGGGCUGGGUCUAGUUGUGUCCCCACCGCGCUCUCUGUCACUGAUUGUCCUCACGUGCUCAGCAGAAAGGCCCGGCCACGUGGUAGGUCCUGCCCUGGGACGUGGCUGGUGGCAGGGCUGGACCUGCUGGCUCUUGCGCUGGGGAAGGGCGCCUGGCACGGGGAUGGCUGGUUUCUGGUUGGUGGGUGAAGCACAGCCCAGCCUCUCCCUGUCCCUGGCUGUGCCAGCCUCAGAGGAAGGGAGCUGACAUCUCUGCAUUCGUGCACUUUAUGAGCAUUUAUGGGCACUUGGGCUCUCUGCUCGCUCCUUCCAGUCAGGCACGACACAAGGCGUGACCUGUUCCCCCCAGAGCACUGAACAGUCACAGAACCUGCAGUAACUUCAGUCCUCUCAAGGGAGGGUCUGGGUGAGGGGAGGCAGGAGGAUUCUGCACCCAGGGGUGUUUGAGAAGCAGGGGAGAUGUUGGUUCUGGAGAGCUGGGACUGCCCGUCCAUCCUCCCCGUGGCCACGCUGCCUGUGGCCCUGGCCCCUGCAGGGGCUGGGUGACCUGGAGUUGUUGACUCCCUGUGCCAUGGUGAGACCAGGGCUCCAUUUCAGAGGCUGCAGGAGGAAGGAAGUGAACCCUGAGCUGCCUCGUGGGUGCUGCAGUAGCUGCAGUCAUGGAGGGUUCUCUGCCUUGAAUGGAUAGGUGUGAAAUAAGGGAAAUACUUGCAGUUUGGACUGUUUCCUGCCCAGCCCGUUGAACACUUUCACAAACCUUUUUGCUGCUACCUUUUUGUAACAGAAUUGAGCUCUUUUCCUUCUAUUUUCUAAUUCCCUGUGUUGAGCAUGCAGAGCAAACACCUGUUUAAGCCAGAGCCAUACACUUGAUUAUAUUUUAUUAGUUAUAUAAUAUAUAGAGAGUUUAUUCUACACUUAAGCAAAGGUGUCAGCAGCCUGCCCCAGCACACAGCUUCCCAGCCUGUUCUCCACGCCCCCAGUUAGCCCAGUGACAGACUGGUCACAGAAGCCAGUGGCUGAUGCCACUCAAAGCAGUGCACCUGUUGCUUGUGCUGGAUAUUCACCCUUUGCACAAUUGACAGAAAAGAAAAACCCUUUCCCCCCCCUUUCUUUUUAACCCCCUUGACCUCCCCACACGUCCCCUCCUGGGCUGGUGAAAAAGCUUCAAUCAUAUGAUCAACAAGGACUAUUUCUGUUCCCCUUUGGGAGUCUGUGCAGGUAAAGCAAACCCCUGAGACCCCGAGAUUUCUGGGGCAGUUGGCUUUUUCUCUCGAGGAAGCAGAGUGCAGCAUUGCGUGACCUCUCGGGGCUGGUUUCUGGCUGGGGCCCUGGGCACUGUCCUGCCCGCAGCAGUGCCCACGCUGCGGUGUGAGGCUGCUGGAGCCCGGGUGGGGGCUGUGGCAGCCCUCAGCCUUCUGCUGUGCUCUGGGCCGUGGUGCUCGCGUGCUGUCCUGAGACGGGCUGAGGUCAGGCUCUCCUUGGACCGUGGCUCUGGCCCUUGGAGCUGAUGGAUAAUUGCAAUUUAGAUUUCACCGCUUGCCCCUUCCCCAGAGGCCUGACCUGCACGCAGCAGUCGCUGUCUGCAAAGCUGUUUGCUGUCUGCAAAGCACGGCUGCACUGUGAUGACCCACGGGACACAGCCCUCCAUCCCUGUCCCUGCCCCCCGGUCCUGCCCUCACCCGUGCUCCUGUGCCCGUCCGCACGCACCCAGCCUGGGCAAAGAAGAUUCCUACGGAAUGAUUUCUCAACUAUAAUAUGGUUGUAGUUACAUAUCUAUAAAUACGUGCAUAAUGGGUAUAGGUCUAUAAAAUAGAAGGCGUGUUUGCCAGCGGGCAGCGUGGCUGCACCUCGAGGUGGUGGUGUCCCCGUGGCUGGCACAGGGAAUGGCAGGUCCCUGUGCCUGGCGUCACAGCUGGGUGUGUUUGUCCUCUGUUCCUCGCAGUAGACUUUAAAUGCCCUUUUGGCAGCAGCGGGGCCUGGCCCUGCUGCUGUGUUGCUGUUUGCAGUGUGUGUUUGCCAGCAGAUCUGUCUGUAACCAAGUGCCAACCAGUAACCCCCAACUACUGAUCCCAUCCCCCCAGUGUGGCCUCCCCCAGGCAGGAACUUCCUCUGCAUUGGCUCCUACCCCUCUGCUUCCAGCCAUGUGUGUAACUGCCAUCGCCAUCCGUUUUAUAUGUAUGAUAAUUUCCCUUUUAUAUGUCAGGUAAAUAUUUGUAAGAGUUAUACUCACACAAAUGAGAUUAUUAUAAUGAUUACUAAUAUAUUUUUUCCAUGUUUCAUUGCCUGAGUAAAAACUGUGUUUAUCACUCUGGAAA